AUGGACAUGUCAAUGGCCUCGUCGAGCACGGCCAUGUCCAUGAGCACCACGGCUACCGCCGCGGCCGCCGGCCAGACAAUGGGCGGCAUGGAUCACGGCGGCAUGGACAUGGGCGGCGGCAUGGGCAUGGGCGGCAGCGGAGGCCGACAGUGCAAGAUUGAUAUGCUCUUCAACGUCAACACCAUUGGCAGCUGCUUCUUCACCGACAAGUUCUACAUUGAGACUAACGGCCAGUUCGCCGGCGCCUGCAUCCUCGCCCUCGUCCUCGUCGUCGCCCUCGAGGCCCUGCGCCGCGCCACCCGCGAGUUUGACCGCUUCAUCACCAGCCAGCACGUCGCCCGGUACCGCGCCAGCAGCAGCGGCGCCGCCGCGGCCGCCGCCGCUCGCAAGGACAGCUCCGAAGGCGUGGUCGCACCCUGCGCCCCGAUUCCGCCCUUCCGCCCGAGCCUGCUGCAGCAGGCCAUUCGCGCCUCCCUGCACAUGCUUCAAUUUGGAACCGCCUACAUUGUGAUGCUGUUUGCCAUGUACUACAAUGGCUACAUUCUGCUCUGUAUUGUUCUCGGCGCUUUCAUUGGCUUCAUGGCGUUCAACUGGGAGCCUAUCGCUGUUUCGGAUGAGCCCAACGGCACCAAGGAGUCCACCGUCUGCUGCGGUUGA